UUUUGGGUACGAAAUGAAUGUUGUCCCUUCUACCAUCCACUCUUCAUUCGUUUUAUUGGCAACAUUUAUUCAAACAUUCAUUCAUACUUCGUUCCCCGGUUCGUUCAAAAUGUCAUAGAUUACAAAAACUUUUCUAUCGAAAAUGCCCCAGAUUGUUUGUUGAUUGUAUUAAUUUUAUUGCUACACGUGAGUGGGAAACUGAUAAAAGUGUGAUAAUAAGCUGGUGCAAUUUAAUAUUAAAUUGUUUUGACGACUAAAGCACAAUGACAAACGCAAAGUAUGUUAUGCCCGUGGUCUUAGGGCUGUCAUUACUGUCCGUCAGCGCAUUUGUAGUUUAUUACGUUUUCAAAAAGGAUGAUGAAGAAGAAGGCGAUAAAAGAGUGAAGACUUCAAGGGUAAAAGUCAUUGAGGUGGAAGUCCCCAAAAGCAUUGUUCCCGCUUUGAUUGGCCGCGGAGGUUCCAACAUAAAAGACAUAGAGCGAACCACAGGAGCUAAAGUCAACAUGAAGGAGUUUACCGACAAAGAGUUUGGCGUGUGCGUCAUAAGAGGCCGCAGCGAUGCCGCUCAGAUGGCGGAGACCAUCAUACAUGAUUUCAUCAGCCAGCAACCUGUUAACGUUGAGGAUAGUAUGAGUGUACCUGCUUGGGCUUGCGGUAGGAUUAUUGGAACUCAAGGCGAGAACAUAAGCUCGAUAAGCCACCGUAGCGGGGCGAGGAUCAAGGUUUUGUCCAACGGCGACAAAGGAACCGAACGUAAAGUCUCAUUCUGGGGCACCAAGGAGCAGAUCAAAGUGGCUAAGGACCUUAUUGAGAAUUCUGUAGCCCAAGAGAAAUGCCGUCGCGAAAUCGAAGCCACAAAACGCAGUCCUCGCCACGUGCAAUCUUCCUCUAAAUCACCGUCGCCCACGCCAUCUGUGACGACUAGCGACAACAACGACGACUCUGCAGGUGAACAACACAAGCAUGUCAGAUAUAAGCGUUCCGAGAAUAGAGGUGCCCCAAUAGAAGUCUACGUGUCCGCCGUGUCGUCUCCCUCGAGGUUCUGGGUACAAUUUGUGGGACCUCAAGUGACGCAACUGGACUCCUUGGUCGAAGAGAUGACUGAGUAUUAUGGGAAGAAGGAGAAUAGAGAGGCACAUGCGUUAGCACACGUGUCAGUGGGACAAGUGGUAGCUGCAGUAUUCCGUCACGACGGACGCUGGUAUCGCGCAAGAGUACACGAUAUUAGAGCUAACGAGUUCGAUGCUACGCAACAGGUAGCGGACGUGUUCUUCCUAGACUACGGCGACAGCGAGUACGUAGCGACACACGAGCUGUGUGAGCUGAGAGCUGACUUGCUGCGGCUUAGAUUUCAGGCGAUGGAGUGUUUCUUAGCAGGCGUCCGUCCGGCGACGUCAGCUGAAACCCCGCGUGAUCGCUGGCAUCCACAAGCUAUCGAACGCUUUGAGGAACUCACACAGGUGGCCAGAUGGAAGCCAUUGAUGUCUAAAACGUGCACCUACAAGAAGACUGCCACCGCAGAGGGCGAGAAGGAGAGGGAGAUACCCGGCAUCAAGCUGUUCGACAAUACUGAGGAGGGCGAGCUAGACAUAGGCGCUACACUGAUCGCAGAAGGCUGGGCGGAGCAGGGGCCGGGGGACAGGCCCUCGCCCGCGCAGCGCCGCCCGCCCUUCGGAGACCUCGGCAACUCACGGGUGUUGGGCAUGUUAGAGGGAGGACGCAGCUCCUCCGUGCCCAAGGACCACAGGGAUACUCCCGAAGUCAAGGAGAAGACGGCUGAAGGCGCUGAUAAAGAUAACGAACGAAUGACAACAUCGAAAUCACUCGGCUCGGGCCUCGAAACGGGCGACAAACCCCUUUCCAUAUCCAAUUUCGACCUUUCCUACCCCGACAACUCACUUUCCAAAGCCAUUAAUGGCUCCCACGAAAACUUCUUACACAUUGAAAAACAGAAUUUAGACAAAGAAGGCAAUAUCGAUAAAGGAUCUAUCGAUACUUUAGUGCCUCCCGUACCUUCCACCCCUAUUUUAGCGAAAUCACCUCUAGAUGAGUUCAAAGCUAAUAUGAACAGAAUAGAUUCACAUCAUAAUUUGGAGUUUUUAGCGAGAUCGCAACAUGAAAAUAAUAAUAAGUAAUUUUUAGUUUUUUUCUUUUUUUUUAGUUUUUUUUUGUUGUUUUUUUGAGAGUCGUGACGAUGAUUAUUGAGAUUUAAAAAAAUAGACACCUGAUAUUUUGAGUGUAAAAAGUCAGCGAACUAGCUUUAAUCAGUCAAUUGUACGUUUUUCUAAGUACCUACUUAAAAUAUGUGCAUUACCAGUGAAUUUAAACACAUUUGUCGUUGCGACUUUCUAGAAAUAUGUCCGGAGUUAAAGUAAUAAUAUUACUGUUGUAUUAAAAUUUAUUUAAGUAUAAACUCUGAUUAUGAUAUUUCAUAGUUCUACGUCCAUUUUCAAAUCAUUAUCUAGUACCCAAUAUGUGAUAUUGAGUCUCAUAAUAUGUUUAUAUUUUGUGUAUUUGAUACAAACUUUUCUCUAGCACUUAAAAGUCAAUUGCCAUGUAAAAUAACUUCCAAUUUUUAUAACCUUCUUCUAAAAUAAAACUGUAUAGAGGUACCGAAUGUUUUGUGGAGUUGACAGCUGUCAGUUUUCAAGGAAAAGAGUCAGCAUUUGUCAACUGCACCAAAAAACAGUCCGGGUAAUAAAGUUUAUUUACUAUGCAUAUAAAAAAAGCUUUAAUUUAUGUACAAAAGGUGAAAAGAGGUUUAAAUGCAAGGUUGUGUAUUUUCAACGCUACUUCUUUCUAUAUUGACUAUAGAGCAAAGUAGUUGUUUUUUUCUGUUUCUUUUUUUUUCAAAGUUUAAGUAGUUAUAACGUUCCUAUUUUGUCAUAAUAGGAAUGUUUACUACUUUGUUUAUUAUUAACAUUUUCGGAAAUUAGUGUGAAUGCUGAAUGAUCCUGUCAUACCCUAGUGAAAUAUUACAUAGGACGUCAUUAGGGUCAUAGAACGUUUAUGGGGCAUGCUAUAUUAUUUUAUUCUCCUACAUUUUGCCUAGUCUAGGCCUAAUUUGAUAUUGGAUUAUACUUUAAGCAUACAAAAAUACACUUUUAGGCACGUAUUACUCCGUCAUUAGCUUAAUUCUCUUGUUAAAUAUCAUUUGAAAUGAAAAGGUUGAUUUCUAUUAUUCUGUCUAAAAUAUUACACCUGCAGAGGUCAGAAUAAUAUUCACAGGUAAAACAGAGAUAACUUAUAUAGUUUUACCUCUUAUUUAGUGACUAUGUAUUAGCAUAAUUAACGACUUAUUUUUGGGCAGUUUCAAAAUGUAUGUGUUUUUCGGCCCGCAUGGAAAUAAACAAAACUGUAGGUAUGUCGUUUUUAUUUCCUUAAUUAACAACAAGUAAACAGGAGUGUUUGAAAUGUAUUUCUACUGUAUUCAGUACUUACAGCCAUGUAUUCUAAUUUCUACCAAUCCAUGUUGCCAGCUCAAAAUAUUCAGUAUUUUUUCUUCGUUUAAUUUCGGAGCUGAUUUGAUAAACUUGUUAAUUUUCGUUUGGAAAUGUUACAUAAAUGUAUGUUUCUGUGAUUGUAAAUAACAUAUAAGCUUAACGUAGGCACUAACUGCCGCUUAGUAGUAAGUUAUGUAUUUCUAUGUCGCUUCAACCAUUUUAAUUAUUUUGCCUGCAUUUUGUCACAUAUAUCUUAGGGUGGGUCCAUUUAACUAUAACGACAACCGAACCAUUUUCAAUCAGUCAAAUGAACUAUGUGACUAAUGGACGGCAAGUAUACCGCUGGUUAUGGUUUGGUUAUCAUUGUAGUUAUAAAUGGUGCAACCCACUCUCAGCGUUUCAUCUUAUGUUAAUAUAGAUUCAGUGUAUAAAGUAAAUGAUAAUUUUCAAUAUUUUAAAUAAUACAUGUACUAGUUAUUGAAGCACCAUAAGAUUUACUCCGGAACUUAUGAUAUUUAUUUUUGGAAAGUCAUUCAAAAUGCUUUUUACUAUAUAUGUGUAUUAUAAAUGUAUAUUCCUGUUUCUAAGAACGAUUUCUUUGUAAUUGAGAAUAUUUGUUCUUUUAGCAAAAGCAUUCUUGUUCAGUUCUGAAAGGUACAAAAUCAUGACUUUUCAAAGAAAACUAGGUCUGUAUAAAUAGGUUGUAUUCCGAGGCUAUAAUAUCCACCUAUAUUUUUUUUAAAUCUCACCUCAACUAGCGGCGAUUUUGAUUAGACUUCCGAUAUAAAUGUCAGAAAUAUUAAUCUUACAGUAAAAUAAAGCAAAAAUAAUCGAUAAUAUAGAGUAUAAUGUUAAUCAAUCUGUCUUCUUAAACAAUGCUAUAGAUAAAUAUGGACAAUAAAGGUUAGUAACGGAAAAGUUUCCUGAAGACGAUUGGCCAAUAUCAGUGCAAGUAAAUAUAUAUGUAUGUGUCGAUACUUAAAUACAGAUGUUAGAAAUAUUUUUAUUUUUAAUUGUUCAGAGAACAAUUUAGAAGCAGAAAAUGGUGGGGAUAUGGUGCUAACGGAGAUUAUUUGAAUGGUUCUGAUUUCAUAGCAAGGGUUCAUAUCCUAUUGAGUCGAUAAAGAACCUUGCUAUAUUUUUACUUUUAUUUGUUAACAAGCUGUAGUCUGCCAACUGAUCAAUGUGUAACUUUUAAUUUAAUAUUUCGGUCUAUGGUACUUAUUACACAAACGUGCUCAAUUAUUUUUUUCAAAAUUUUGUUUUGAUUCGUAGAAGUGUUUCAACCAAUCACAACUCAUGGGUUUCGUAUCGCCGUAUACGACAGCCAAUCAGAAACGAGAAUUUAAAAUGUAAAAUUACUAUUGGUAGGAACUGAGAUUUCAAAUGGUGCCAUACCACUCUAGUACAAACCUGCGUUACGCGGGAAAAGUAUUGUUUUCUAGUUAUCUUUUCGAAUUAAAUUGUUAUAUUAUAGCUUUGGUUUUAUUAUUAGUUGUCUAUUUGUAUAGACUUUUGUUAAAACUCGAAUAUUUUGUAAAAAUGUUGUACUUUUGUAAAUUCCUUUUCAAAUAUAGGUUAUAGAAAUACAUUUGUGGAAGAAAA